AUGCUGCCGCCAUUUGUCGUAAGUGUUCUGAUUGACAAGGCCAUCCCCAAUCAGGACGCUGGCCUUCUAGUUCGCCUGACUCUCGCAGUCCUUGGUGCGGGAGCAUUGAUUAUUGUCUUCGGAAUCGUCGAGUCGUACUGCCUUGAGCGUGCCACCAAUGGCGUAACACGAGACGUGCGGAUAGCCCUUUUUAACGCUAUCCAGAGCCAGUCAUACAGGUUUUUUGUCCACAACGAUCGAGGAACAGUCAACUCAAGAGUGUGGAACGACGUUAGCGAAGUUCAGUGGGUAGUGAGAGAUGCACUCGUUGACAUAGCAAGCUCGGUCCUGCUGAUAGCUGUCACUCUCGUGUUCAUGUUCCUCUGGAACUGGGAGCUUAGCCUCCUGAUCUUGGGAUUCCUGCCGCUCAUUUUCGGUAUAGGCUUCAUCGUCAGCAGAUGGAGGGAGCGGUUAGCCCACGGAGUGACCCAGUGGUAUGACGAAAAUUCAUCAUUCAUCAGCGACCGGCUGGACAUUGAUGGCUCUAUUCUGCUCAACGGCGUGGGAUACGAUAAGACGACGGACAGCCGUAGGUUCUCUGAAAUUACCUCCAAACUUCACAGCAUUUGGGCUAGGGAGGGCAUGGCAAGCGCGUCGAUGUCAACAGUCGGCGCUGUACUCCCAUUAAUCGGUUCCGGGAUAAUUUACCUUUACGGCGGGCUUGGCGUAAUGGAUGGCUCAUUGACACUAGGCGUUCUCAUCGCCUUUAUGGCUCUCUGGGCGCGCACUGUAGGUCCCCUUGCCUUCUUGGCAUCUUUUCAGGCUGCAUUUGCCGCCAAAGGCGUUCAUCUCAGAAGGAUUUUCGAAUGGGUCGACCUUGAGCCGGAAGUCCACGACUCAAUCAACGCGGAGGAACUGGAAUCUGUGGGCGGGCUUAUUUCGCUGAAAAAUGCGACCGUUAAGUACGAUGCCGGCAGUCCGGUGAUAUCCGGAUUAUCGCUGGAGUUUCAACCCGGCAAGAUGACGGCAAUCGUCGGCAAAAGCGGAGCUGGCAAAACAACCCUAUCGCAUUUGAUUCUGAGGCUCUAUGACCCCACAACCGGCACCGUGGAAAUAGAUGGGCAGGACCUGCGCUCGAUUAAGCUGUCUUCGCUGAGGCAGCACAUGAGCCUAGUGCCCCAGGACAGCGCCGUCUUUAACACUACCGUCAAAGAGAAUCUCCUUAUAGCCAGACCCCACGCGACGGAGAAUGAAAUGGUAAACGCCUGUAAGGCCGCCCAGCUCCACGACCUGUUGGUCAGUCUUCCCAACGGGUAUGAAACUGUGGUUGGGCAAUUCGGUUACAGGCUCUCCGGUGGCGAAAGGCAGAGGCUCGCUAUCGCCAGGGUCAUCCUCAAGCAGCCUAGCGUAGUUAUUCUGGACGAACCCACAUCCUCCCUUGACUCCAUCACCGAGCGCGCGAUCAAGGACGCCCUCGAAAGCACGCUGCUCCAGAACGCCACCACAAUCGUCAUAGCCCACCGCCUGUCCACAAUCCUCAACGCCGACUCCGUCAUCGUCCUCGACGAAGGCAAGCUAGUUGACUCAGGAAGUCACGAAGUACUCCUAGGUAAACUGCCCACGAUGCUCGUCGCCUUCGCCGGCUGGCCCGAUGCCGCCGAAGCCGCAACCAGGGCAUUGCGCUUCCUCGUCCCCCGAGACGAGUCCCGCUCCCUGCUGAUAUUCAUCGGCACCGAACCCAACCUCAAGUGGCGGACCUACUCCCACAUCCUGACGAGCAUGGCGCAACGACACGAAGUCGAUCUGAUCGUGUCAUUGGGCGCCCUGCUGGACGCCGUGCCCCACACCCGCGAACCCCGCGUAACGGGCAGAGCAAGCUCGAUCGAACUAACGCAGAAAGCCGAAUGGCUCGGCAUCAAGAACUCCGGCUACCAGGGACCCACCGGCAUACACACCGCCUUCAUGGACGCCUGCACUCAGUCAGGCAUGUCACAGGCAAGCAUCUGGGGACACUGCCCGCACUAUGUCAACACAUCCCCCGACCCAAAGGUCAGCCACGCCCUGCUCACCCGUCUCCGCAGCCUCAUCGACAUAGACAUUGACCUAGAAGAAUUGUACAUCGCCGGCAACACCUAUCAGGAAGAGGUCGAUAAGGUCAUCGCCAAGCAGCCCGACGUCAGCAGCUACGUCCGACGCCUCGAACGCCGCUACGACGAAGCCCGCACCGCAACCGAAGAAAUCCCCAGCUCCGAAACGAUGGUACAGGAACUCGAAAACUUCCUCCGCAGCCAGAGCCAGGGUACCGACGAAUCGGACGCCUGA